AAUGUGACCAAUUUUCUUGAGUGUUACUACUAUACACUGUAUCAUUUUACCUCUCUCUACCAGUUGAAUCGACUCUCCAGCUACCACCGUCACCUCUCCCAUGAGGACGCAGGAAACACCUGAUGCACCUGGCGGCAUCCUUCAAAGUCCUUACCCACAGCAGAGCUCUUCUGACUCGUUUUACAUCGCCUUAGCAUGGAACCCUACCGCCUUUUGUUGGGAUUAAGUGUCUUUUUCCACUUUGACGACUUUGCCUCCACAGAGGUCACGUGCAAGAUGAAGGCCAAGUUCAACCUGAAUGGCUACAAGGAUGUGGAGAAGAAGAAGGUCAUCAUCGGCGGGAUGUUUCCUGUCCACAUGAGCGUUGCCUCUAGCGCUGGCAACACUUCACGACUGCCUGUAUCCUCGGGCUGUGAAGGAAUGAAUUACCGCACGUUCCGCUGGACCCAGACCAUGCUGUUUGCCAUCAAUGAAAUAAACAAGAUGGAAGAGCUGCUGCCCAACACCGACCUGGGCUACGUCAUCUAUGACUCCUGCUUCACCAUCUCCAAGGCCGUGGAGGGCACCCUCACUUAUUUGACCGGUCAAGACGAGGCAGUGCCCAAUUACCGCUGUGGCACGGGGGCUCCCCUGGCUGCUCUCGUGGGGGCGGGAGGCUCUGACUUGUCCAUCGCCACUGCCAGGAUCCUGGGACUCUACCAUUUUCCACAGGUCAGCUACUCCUCAACCUCCUCAGCCCUAAACAGCAAGUUCCAGUUCCCAACCUUCCUGAGGACCAUUCCCAACGACAUACACCAGUCAACCGCCAUGGCCCAGCUGGUGCUGCACUUCGGCUGGACCUGGGUUGGAACUGUGGCUGCAGACGAUGACUACGGCAAGUAUGGCAUCAAAGACUUCAAAGAGCAGGUCGAAGAGGCCGGCGUCUGUAUCGCCUUCUCUGAAACUCUUCCAAAGGUAAAUUCCCCUGAAGACAUUGAGCGAAUUGUCCAAACCAUUAUUGAGUCCACGGCCAAGAUCAUUGUAGUCUUUUCAUCAGACGUAGACCUCAGUCCUCUGGUGCUUGAGCUGAUCCGGCAAAAUGUGACCAACCGCACUUGGAUCGCAAGCGAGGCCUGGGUCACGUCGGCUCUCAUCAACCGACCUGGAGUGAGCUCUGUGCUAGGCGGCACCAUUGGCUUUGGGGUGAAAAGGGCCGACAUACCUGGUCUGAAGCGACAUUUACUGGAUCUGGACCCUUAUGCCGAUCCUCUCACCGAGGAAUUUUGGGAGAAGUUGUUCAACUGCACGUUAGAUUAUGGUAAAGCUCUAAGAUCGGCCAAAGAGAGGGCCAAGGCAUUCAACGGGACAAUGUCCAAGGCAGUAGAGGUUGUUCUUGGCGGUUUGUGUACCGGCAGUGAAUCCCUGGCUCAGCUCAACAACACAUAUUCUGACGUCUCCCAGCUACGAAUCACCUACAGUGUGUACAAGGCGGUGUACGCCGUUGCCCAUGCUUUGCACAAUCUGGAGCACUGCAAGGCGGGACAGGGGCCGUUCAUUGGGAUCGGCUGUGCUGACAUCACCGAGUUUGAGCCAUGGCAGCUGAUGUACUACCUGAAGAAUGUGCGCUUCAACGUGCCACACACAGACGAGGAGGUCUACUUCACUGAUGGAGAUGUGGAGGGCUUUUACGACAUCAUCAACUGGGGAGUCGAUAGCAACGGGGAAAUAGCUUAUGUGACUGUGGGCCACUACAAUGGUUCUGUGGCUCCAGAGCACAGGAUGACCAUUCGGAAUGAUUCCAUUGUUUGGAACAAUGAAGCAUCGGAGCCGCCUCGGUCAGUGUGCAGUGAGAACUGCAUGCCUGGUACCAGGAAAGGGAUCCGACAGGGAGAGCCGGUUUGCUGCUUUGACUGCAUUCCGUGUGUCGAUGGCGAGAUUAGCAACAUGACAAACGCCCGGGAGUGUAUCCUGUGCAGCGGCGAUCACUGGUCCAAUGACGCUCACGACGCCUGCGUGCCCAAGAUCGUCGAGUUCCUGGCCUUUGGAGAUCCUCUUGGGAUCACUCUCAUCGUCAUCUCUACCUUUGGAGCCCUUGUCACCUUCGCCGUAGCGGUGAUCUUUGCCUUACACGUCGGCACUCCUCUGGUGAAAGCCAACGACGCUCUCCUGAGCUUCUCGCUGCUUUUCUCGCUGAUGGUGACCUUCCUCUGCUCCAUCGUCUUCUUGGGAGAGCCUCAACACUGGAGCUGCAUGACCAGCCAAGUUGCUCUGGCUCUGGGCUUCGCACUGUGCCUUUCCUCCCUAAUGGGCAAGGCGGCAUUACUGAUGCUGAGAGCUCAGGCUAUGAAAGCGGCCCGCGCCAAGGCGAAGGCUGCUUCCAAAGCUGCCAAAGCCGCAGCUGAAGCGGCAGCCAACAGUGGCGGCCCCGAUGUCAUCGCAACCAACACAACAAACCUCAACGAUGUUGCUGCUCGCGUCAAGCCUGACAGCCUCACAUUUGCGCACCAGAGGGCGAUAGCUGCCGUGGCCACGUUGAUUCAGGCUUUCGCUUGCACCGUGUGGCUCAUCCUCCUGCCGCCCUAUCCCGUGAAGAACACUUCAGCUCAGAACAUCAAGAUCAUUCUGGAGUGCAAUGAAGGUUCUGUGGUCUUCAUCUGUUGUAUCUUUGCUUAUGAUAUCCUACUGGCUCUGCUGGCCUUCGUUUUCGCUUUCCUGGCCCGGAAAUUGGAAGAUCACUUCAGUGAGGCCAAGUGUGUGACUUUCGGCAUGCUGGUUUUCUUCAUCGUGUGGAUUUCCUUCGUCCCAGCUUACCUCAGCACACGAGGCAAGUUCAUGGUGGCCGUCCAGAUUUUUGCCAUCCUGGCGUCCAGCUUUGGGUUGCUCAGCUGCAUCUUCUUGCCAAAGUGCUACAUUCUCCUCCUCAAACCUGAACGCAACACCGAGGAGAUGAUGAGACCCCACGACAAACCACGUGAUGGAACCUCAACCGGGACAUCGGUGUCACUUGCGACCUCCGCCACUGAGGUCAACUCUACAAUCGCAUCAACUGCUUUUGAUGAUUAGAUGUACUGUAGCUAGGCAGGGUGAGAUUAGAUAGUAUGUUACAGUAAAAUGAACACUUUAUAGACCAAAAAUGCACUUGGGAAAAUGUGGCUUUCCUGCAUCAGCCACUUUAGGCUUUAAGACCUCCGCGACAUGUUGUUAAUAUUUAAAAAUCGAUUCAUUUUUUUUUUAGCCAAUUACACUUAAGUCAUCCAUAAAGUGCAUUUCUUUAUGUAGGCCUAUGUUAUAAAUACAGUCA